AGGGCUUCAUUGCUCCAGACCCCGCCUUACUGCCUCUCCCCCUCUCACCUCAACCAUUUUCUGCGAAACACACACCUAAUGCGCCAGUUUAAUGUCGUGGUUCUUGGAGCUGGAGGGGUUGGCAAAUCGGCACUCACAGUUCGGUUUAUCCGGGAUGUUUUUGUGGAGAACUACGACCCAACUAUCGAAGAGGAAUAUCGUAGAACUAUAAUGGUUGACGGCGAACUUUCUUCACUUGAGGUCUUAGACACGGCUGGUGCUGAACAGUUCACUUCGCUGAACGAGGUUUACAUCAAAUCUGGCCGUGGGUUUGUGCUCGUGUUUAGCCUUACACAGGAGGCAAGCUUGAAAGAGGUUGAUAACUUGAGAAAGCAGAUAUAUCGCAUCAAGGGCGGGGACACUGGUGUACCGAUUGUUGUGGUCGGUACAAAAUUAGAUUUGGUGAAUGAACGCGAGGUGCAAAGGAGUACCAUUCAAUCUCUUUCUGCACGCUGGGACCUUCCGUUUUACGAAACCUCGGCCAAGCGAAAUUGGCAUGUCACAGACGUAUUUGAAGACCUCCUGAGGCAAAUGCGGAUACGCUAUCCAGCUGAACCGGUUAAGAAGAAAAAGAAACGCGGCAGUGGGUGCGUUGUCAUGUAAACUCAUUCGAGCAGGCAACUUGUCUCGACUGUCAUUCAAUACCACAUCACAAACUGGCAAUGUUCGCUUCGCUAUCCAUGGGCUCAAACUUUGUCAACCAGAGGAACCUGCCAUUUACCUGGAUGAAUAUACACCAAGUACCCUUGCGCAUCUCACUCAGUAGGAUGGAUCUGACUACUACCCUUGAAGGACUUAGUUCUUGUAUAGAAUGCUCACUCUCAUUCGCUUUUCCACCUUGGACACCUUAGACACUUAAUUACUUGAAGUUAGCGAUGUGGCUGUCCUUAUUUACACUUGAUUGUUGUAGAAGUGUAAAGCGAAAAUUUCUCUGCAUUUUC